AUGGGUGAAUGCCCAGUUCACAAAUUCGACGCCAAUGUUGCUGGCGGUGGUACUAGAAACCCUGACUGGUGGCCAGAGCAGUUGAGGUUGAAUAUUCUGCGUCAACAUACUGAAUCUACCAACCCAAUGAGCAAGGAUUUCGACUAUGCUACCGCCUUCAAGAAUCUCGACUACUAUGCCCUUAAGAAGGAUCUGAACGACCUGAUGACCGACUCCCAGGACUGGUGGCCGGCCGACUUUGGCCACUAUGGUGGUCUAUUUGUUCGUAUGGCCUGGCACGGUUCUGGUACUUAUCGUGUGUUUGACGGCCGUGGCGGCGGUGGUCAGGGACAACAGCGUUUCGCCCCACUUAACAGCUGGCCAGACAACGUCAGUUUAGAUAAGGCCCGCCGUCUUCUGUGGCCCAUCAAGCAAAAGUAUGGUAACAAGAUCUCCUGGGCUGAUUUAUUACUUCUCACCGGCAAUGUCGCCCUCGAGUCCAUGGGUUUCAAGACCUUUGGUUUCGCAGGUGGCCGUCCCGACUCCUGGGAGGCCGAUGAGUCUGUAUAUUGGGGUGGUGAAACCGUUUGGUUCACCAAUGAUGCCCGCUACAAGGCCUACAAUGAAAAGGACAAGGUCAAGCAGAGCGACAUCCGCACUCGUGACCCAGAGGACCCCUUGGCCGCUGUGGUCAUGGGUUUGAUCUAUGUCAACCCUGAGGGCCCAGAUGGCGUUCCUGAUCCCGUUGCCUCAGCUCGAGAUAUUCGUAUCACUUUCAGCCGCAUGGCUAUGAAUGAUGAGGAGACUGUUGCUCUGAUUGCUGGUGGUCACACCUUCGGUAAGACUCACGGUGCCGCACCCGCAGAUAACGUCGGUGCGGAGCCUGAGGCUGCCGGCAUUGAGUCGCAGGGUCUUGGCUGGAAAAACAAGCACGCCUCUGGCAAGGGUGCCGAUGCCAUCACCAGUGGUCUGGAGGUCACCUGGACCAAGACCCCCACAAAGUGGAGCAACAACUUCCUGGAGUACCUGUUCAAGUAUGAGUGGGAACCGACCAAGUCCCCCGCCGGCGCAAACCAGUGGACCGCUAAGAACGCUGACGACAUAAUCCCCCAUGCCUUCGACGCCACGAAAAAGCAGAAGCCCCGUAUGUUGACAAGCGAUCUGGCUCUACGCUUCGAUCCGGAGUACGAAAAGAUAGCACGUCGCUUCCUUGCCAACCCUGACCAGCUGGUCGAUGCUUUCGCUCGUGCCUGGUUCAAGUUGCUGCACCGUGAUAUGGGUCCACGUGCCCGCUGGCUCGGCCCCGAGAUCCCAAGCGAGACCCUGCUCUGGGAGGAUCCCAUCCCCACACCUAACCACCCCUUGAUCGACGGCGAGGACAUUGCCGAGCUGAAGCACAACAUUCUGGCUUCCGGUAUCGACCCUACAGCCUUCAUCUCCACUGCCUGGGCUUCGGCCUCCACCUUCCGAGGUGGUGACAAGCGUGGUGGAGCCAACGGUGCGCGCAUCAGACUCGCACCCCAGAACCAAUGGGAGGUCAACAACCCACCCCAGCUCCAGAAAGUCCUCAAGGCCCUCGAGGAUAUCCAGAAGCGAUACAACACCACCCAGAAGGGUAACAAGCGCGUGUCGCUGGCUGAUCUUAUUGUUCUCGCCGGUAGCGCUGCCCUCGAAAAGGCCGCUGGUAUUCCCGUCCCCUUCACACCCGGUCGCGGAGACGCCACAGAAGAACAGACCGACGUUGACUCCUUCCGCUGGCUCGAGCCGUUUGCGGACGGCUUCCGCAACUACGGAAAGUCUACCGGGCGUGUGCGUAGCGAGCAGAUUCUCGUUGACCGAGCACAGCUUCUAACGCUCUCCGCACCCGAACUUGCCGUCCUAGUCGGUGGUCUGCGCGUCCUGAACACCAACUGGGAUAAUUCCCCAGCCGGAGUCUUCACCAAGCGACCUGGCCAGCUAACCAACGACUUCUUCGUCAACUUGUUGGACAUGAACACAGUCUGGAAGCCUACCAGCUCCGAAAACGAGACUUUCGAGGGUCUCGACCGUAAGACCGGCAGCAAAAAGUGGACCGCUACACGUGUGGAUCUGAUAUUCGGUCACCACGCUGAACUGCGCGCUCUGUCUGAGCUUUAUGGUAGCUUUGACGGCCAGUCUAAGUUCGUCACUGAUUUCGUGGCUGCUUGGACCAAGGUCAUGAAUCUUGACCGGUUCGACGUGGUCUAUCACCCACCUACACCAACUGGUCGCCAGACUCGCCUAUAA